AUGUAUCGCCUUGCCCUACCACCAUUCAAAAUUUAGGAAAAAACACAAACCAUUUUUUAAAGUAAGGCCAUGUACAGUGAACACUGAUAGACAAUGUGCAGGUAAACAAUACUAAUGCUUACAACACAAUAGGUUGCCCCAUUAUUCAGGUAACUGAAGCAUCAGUUAUGCCCUGCGCCUCAAGCCUGCUCGAUGGAACGGGGACGACUGUGCCCAGCGUGGUGGUGGUGGUGGUGCCCUGUCCGGCGUCUCCAAUCUGAUGGAGAUGAUUUAGCUCCAUGGCGGCGCACGAGCUGAAACGCUCAGGCCACGUAAACGAGAGAUGAAACCUGUAGAACGGCUUGAGGGGCAAAAGUGUCUCGUACGGCACAAAAUACAAGAGAUUGUAUUAGAUAAGGAAGAGAAUAUACUAAAUGGCAUCUUAAUCAAUUAUAAGAUCUUUAUAAUCCCAUUUAUGCGAGCUAAUUGUUUGGAAUGGCAUUAUUGCAAAGCACACUGUUUGUAGUCCCAAAAAUACAAUUGUCUCGGAUGUCAACGCCUCCUCACCACACACGACGGCGGCACAAGCGAGAUUGAAUGCACACUUAGCUUUUCCUCCGUCGCAACAGCAGUUUGAAGAACAUCAUAGGUAGAAACAAUUUAGGGCUUAUUCGGUUAUCUCUCAAUCCACAUGGAUUGAGUGGGAUUGGGUGGGUUUAAAUUCCAACUAAGGCUUUGUUCGUUUACACCAAUCCAGCUUUUGAUUAGCAUGGAUUGGAAUUAAAUCCAUGUCACAAUCCAUGCCCCAAACUAAUCCAAGACUACUUAAUUUUUUUUAUUCGGUUAAACCCAUCAUGGAAUAUAACCCAAGUGUUUGGGAAUUUUUUAAACUAUGGAAGACAUGGAUUCUAUCCAUAACUCAUUAGGUAUGGAACAAAUCCAUGAAGAUAUUGCACAAGUUUACAUUAAAAUCCAUGGAUCAAAAGAAUAAGUAGCUUUGAGAGACACAUGGAUUAGUUGAUGGAUUUAAUCCCAUCAUGGGAUUGGGUGUGAGGUAUGGAUUCACCCAAUCCAUAUCCGGAUUAAAUCCAUGGUGGGAUUUCAUCCCAUGUAUUGUUCGGUUAGCUCUCAAUCAAUGUGGAUUGAGUGGGAUUGGAUGAGUUUGAAUCUCAAACAAGUCAAACUCUUUCUCAAAUUUUUCCAAUCUCAUCCAAUCCAUAUGUUUUGGGAAUAACCGAACAAGCCCUAACUGAACAAAGUCUAAGUCAAACUCUUUCUUAAUUUUUUCCAAUCUCAUCCAAUCCCUAGCUACAACCGCCACCGUAAACGAAGCACAACCGCCACCGUAAACGAAGCACUUACGGUGUCAGGAGCUGCAUCAACGGCAGCGGAGCACUUCAGAGCACACGCACACAGCUCAGCCACCGCAUCCAUGGAGCCACGGACAGGAGACAGUGAAGCUAGGGUUACAGACCAGGGAAAAUUGGGAAACGAGGUUGCAAAUCUUACCGCGCAGGUUACAUGGAUGAGAAUGGGGGAGUGGGGGGAGGGAGGGCGAGGGGGGAGAAGAGAAGCCGCGAUGUGGGGGAAUACGGGGAGGAGGGAGGAGAAGAACAAACCCUAGAGCAGACGGCGUAAACGGACGGCGGCGCGGCGGGACGGAUGAAGACCACAGCCAGGGGCAGGAAGCGAAUCAGGGAGCUGCUAAUGGUCAUCAGCCGCGCGCGUUGCCAAAUCUUCAAAGGGCGGACGAUGCCAAUAAUGCAAUUGACGUCUUCGGAAGUCCAAGUAUCUGAAGCCCAAUGUAGACGAUGCCAAAUAAGCAAAAAAUCUCAAAAUCUAGUUGCCGAGACGACCGCCCCCCCCCCCCCCCCCCCCCCCCCGCCGCCGCCGCCGCCACUGGCGCUACUCCUAUCGGCGGGGGGCUGAAGAAUAUGGCAGCCGCCUCCGCCUCCACGCGACAAGCGACGGCGGAGGCGUGCAGUAGCCACGUCCACCACGCGCACCUCGCGGCUCUCCUCAACGCUUCCGCGCGCUUGCCUCCGCUCCCUCUCAGCCGCCUCCACCUCCCGCUCUCGCUCCCCACGGCCUCCCGCCUCGUCGCGUCCUUCCCUCCACUCCCGCUCCUCGUCUGCUUCCUCCGCGCGCUCCGCCUCCUCCCCUCCUCGCCGCCGCGCCCCUUUGACUCGCUCAUCAAGUCAUAUGCCUCGCUCCCCAACCGCGCCUCCCUCGCUGCUGCGGCGCUCGCGUUCGCCAGGUCAGCCGGGCGCUUCUUCGACUCCAUGCUUAGCGACGGCGUGGCGCCCAACGUGUACACCUACAACAUCCUCGUCCGCGCGCUGUGCGGCCGCGGACACCGGAAAGAAGCGCUCAGCAUCUUGCGUGACAUGCGCGGCGCAGGCUGCGGCCCCAAUGUCGUGACUUACAACACGCUCGUCGCGGCGUUCUUCAGAGCCGGGGAGGUGGAUGGCGCGGAGAGGCUGGUCGGCAUGAUGCGUGAGGGCGGCUUGAAGCCCAACCUGGUGACCUUCAAUUCAAUGGUGAAUGGGAUGUGCAAGGCUGGGAAGAUGGAGGACGCACGCAAGGUGUUCGAUGAAAUGGUGAGGGAGGGUUUGGCGCCGGAUGGGGUCAGUUACAACACCUUAGUGGGUGGGUAUUGCAAGGCAGGGUGCUCGCACGAGGCAUUGUCUGUGUUUGCAGAGAUGACGCAGAAAGGGAUCAUGCCAGACGUCGUGACAUUUACGUCAUUGAUCCAUGUAAUGUGCAAGGCUGGGAACUUGGAGCGGGCAGUGACAUUGGUGAGGCAGAUGAGGGAGAGGGGCCUCCAGAUGAAUGAGGUCACUUUUACAGCCUUGAUAGAUGGGUUCUGCAAGAAGGGAUUCUUGGAUGAUGCAUUGCUUGCAGUAAGGGGGAUGAAGCAAUGCAGAAUAAAGCCUUCAGUGGUGUGUUAUAAUGCACUUAUUAAUGGUUAUUGUAUGGUAGGAAGAAUGGAUGAAGCAAGAGAGUUACUCCAUGAAAUGGAAGCUAAAGGACUGAAGCCUGACGUUGUGACAUACAGUACGAUUAUCAGUGCGUACUGUAAGAAUUGUGAUACACAUUCUGCAUUUGAAUUGAACCAACAGAUGCUUGAGAAGGGUGUUCUUCCAGAUGCAAUCACCUACUCAUCACUCAUAAGGGUUCUUUGUGGGGAGAAACGACUCAGUGACGCUCAUGUGCUCUUCAAAAAUAUGAUUAAGCUUGGCCUACAACCUGAUGAAUUUACAUACACAUCUCUUAUUGAUGGCCACUGCAAGGAGGGUAAUGUGGAGAGUGCUCUUUCUCUGCACGAUAAAAUGGUAAAGGCAGGAGUUCUUCCUGAUGUUGUGACUUACAGUGUGCUUAUUAAUGGGCUUAGUAAAUCAGCACGUGCUAUGGAAGCACAACAGUUGCUCUUCAAAUUAUACCAUGAAGAUCCAAUUCCAGCAAAUACUAAAUAUGAUGCCCUGAUGCAUUGUUGUAGAAAAGCUGAGCUUAAGAGUGUGUUAGCUCUCUUGAAGGGAUUUUGCAUGAAAGGUUUAAUGAAUGAAGCUGAUAAAGUUUAUCAAUCAAUGUUAGACAGAAACUGGAAUCUUGACGGGUCUGUCUACAGUGUGCUUAUUCAUGGGCAUUGUAGGGCAGGAAAUGUUAUGAAGGCUCUCAGCUUCCAUAAGCAAAUGCUGCAGGGUGGUUUUGCUCCAAAUUCAACAAGCACGAUUUCCUUGAUUAGGGGUCUAUUUGAAAAUGGGAUGGUUGUGGAAGCAGAUCAGGUGAUUCAGCAGUUGUUGAACUAUUGUUCCCUUGCUGAUGCAGAAGCAUCAAAGGCUCUUAUUGACCUCAACUUAAAUGAAGGUAAUGUGGACGCAGUCUUAGACGUUCUGCAUGGCAUGGCAAAGGAUGGACUGCUUCCAAGUCCAAGAUGAGGGUGAUUUUCAACAUUCAAGAACCACCCUCUCUGUGGAAUACUGGAGACCUGAUGGUCAUGUUUGGUACAUAUUGUCUCAUGAGUCAUAACACGAGCAUCCGAAUCAGUGUUAUGUGGUAAGAACGGUCUGCCCUAAAUCAUGAUGUGCUCCAUAUGGAAAAGGCUGAAAGAAGUUGCCUCAUGCUGCAUUAUUGUGUAAACUGAGCAACCAUUUCUAUCUCAUUAACCGCUCUGCUCUUAACAAGUGAAAUGAAUUUUAGUUCUUGAUAAAUACUUGAUUUUGAAGGGCAGGCUGGUUUAGUGAUGAGAGUUGUUUCACUAAGUCACCGGAUCAUAGGUUCGAAGCAACCUCUCUGCAUUUGCAGAGGAAGGCUGGUAUUGAUUUAUCCUUUUUCUAGACCCCACUCACGUGGGAGUCUCUGGCACUAGGUCUGCCCCCUUUUAUAAAUACUUGAUUUUGUAUUAGCAGCUUUUUGUAUUGUUGUUUAUAAUAAUUAUUAGGUUAGAAAAGGUUGUACUGAUAUUUUAUGAUGUAUUACUUAUUGUCUUACUUUUAGACACUAUAAUAAAAGAUCUUGAUAUAUGUAGUUAGUGAACUCACUAAGGUGGUCUGAUCUUUAUUCAACACACAUUUAUCCCUUCUGUUACCCGUCUUUUUUUAAUACAAGUUUUAAAAAUCAGUGCUGUGUUUGUUAUAUUUCUAAAAAGGAUUUACAAUUGCGCGAUGAGGGUCUACCUAAUAAUGUGAAACUCCAUUUCAUAGUCAACAAUAAAUAUAAUACAUUUGAAAAGUAAAGGCUGACGAAGCAUUGUCAAAGGAAAUGCUGUAAGUAACUAAUUAUUUCAUGACCAGACGCUGGAUAUCUUUUUUAUGCCUAUUGGGUUGACAACUAGUGGCAUUCGCAUUCCUGUGGACUACCCGUUGAUUUGUUUGAGCUUUUGGUCAUUUUUAGACUAUUAGAUUUUGGACUUUCCAAAAGCCAAACUGCUCCCAUAAGCCAAAUGCCCCAAAGCUCACUGUACUGAGCUUCUUGUUUUUGGCUUCCAGGAGCUUUUUAGCGUUUAAAAGCGUUUUGAAAGGUCUAGAAACAGAGGUCUAAAAGCUUCCGGGAAGCCCAAACAAACAUGCCUAACAGGUUCAUCUUACUUCACAGCAAUACUUGAUUUCAUGAUAGGGCAGAAGACACUGCUUCGUGCCUUCUAACUAAUUAUAUAUAUUGUUAUAACCACCUUAAAUCUAAUCCAUUUGUUUUCUAACGGGGCAGUCUACUCUCUAGUCUUGUGCUUCCACUAUCCUUUUUUUUCCUUAGGGACUAAAACAAAAUAGCAUGUUUAACGUAUUCUGGUAUCAUUCUCUGUAUCAUAGAUUUAUCUAGUUAAAGUUGACAACACAGGGAAAAAAUGAUUUUCUGGCAAUCGACUCUUCUAAUUAUGCGUUUCCCCGUUUUUGGGUAAAUCGCCUUGUUUUGAUACAAGAACAUCCAAGUGUUUGCUCUUCUGCAGGAUGAAGAAUUGCACGUCUAAAGGGACAGAGAUAGUUCAGUGCAUGGAAAACCAAUGCAUAUGGUAUCUACCUGUAUACCUGAUGAUUCAACUUUGAGAAUUGGGAGUGAAAAAAAAUAUACCGUGAAACUGGAUGUCAUAUUCGUUUCUUGCUUCUCACUUGAAGACAGAAAAAGGAAAAUGAAAAAUGAAAGCGUGAAAUCCACGGAAAAUGAGGAGCUUGAAGAAAGUGGAACAUCAAUGGCAAUGGAUGUAUACAGGUGGUUUGCACUUACAGAUUUCAGCUAUCUAGCUUGCCGCCUAGUCCUCCAUCUUCUCUACCUUCCUCAAGACCUCCGCUUCCCUGUCGGCUAUUGCCUUGGCCUCCUCGUCGGUGAACGGCGGUGGCAGUGUGCAUAGGUCGAAGCCUGCAACGUGACUCUCCAUGGAAUCCAUCAUGCAGUCCCGGUGCAGGCUCUGGGCAGGGCAGGCCACGGACUCCGUGCAUAUCUCCACGGCCUUCUCCGGCACGGCGGGCUUGUACCGGAGCAGUCCGGCGUACUCGGUGAGCAGGUGCAUCAUGUAGUCGUAGACGUAGUCCAUGCUCAGCUCCUCCCUCACAAACCGGCUGCCCUGCUCGCCGAUGAGUUGCGCCUGCACUGGGUGCUCGUUGCCCCAGCCAACGGCGAAGUUGAUGGACUUGCACAUGUGCUCCCGGUUGAUGGGGGCCAGUAGUGAUUGCCGGCGACGAGCCCCCUGGACACAGGAUGUCCUUCCUGGAAGAGCGUCGUCACGAACAGCACCGGCGAGUCGCACGCCAGGAUGUACUUCUCGCUCACCGACCACGCGUUCCCCUCCACGUAAACCUUGUACCUGCAGCCAUUGGCAUAUGAUCUGAGCGACACCAUAGCAUGGAUUUGGACCUGUGAAUUUCACUAGGAUUUUUUCAGGAAGUCGUACCUGUAAGUGCAUUAAUUUCUAAACAAAUAUUGGAGAUGUUUGAAAGAUCUCAAAUAAAUUCCAAAAAAAAAAGAUGUCAAAUUUAAAAGUUA